CGUGGCAGGAAGGAGGGAACUGUGGUCAGGGAACUGUUCGUGGGCACAGCUGCGCAGUUCUGUCAGCGCAGCGCGAUCACCAGCGAUCACCAGCUCCCAGCGCCGCAGCCCCCAGCGCACCCAGGAUGAUCUCAGCCGUGAUCUUGUUCUUGCUCCUUUUGGUGGAACAAGCAGCUGCCCUGGGAGAGCCGCAGCUCUGCUAUAUCCUGGACGCCGUCCUGUUUUUGUAUGGUAUUGUCCUUACCCUACUCUACUGUCGACUCAAGAUCCAGGUCCGAAAGGCAGCUAUAGCCAGCCGUGAGAAAGCAGAUGCUGUCUACACGGGCCUGAACACCCGGAGCCAGGAGACAUAUGAGACUCUGAAGCAUGAGAAGCCACCCCAGUAGCUUCAGAACAGAUGUGCUUGGGUGCAUUCUUUUCCCGCCUCUAAUUCUCUCCUAGCCCUCUUGGUUGACAUCGCUAUGUCACCUCUGUGCUUUGAAGGCUAGCUGACCUUAUUCACAUAAUGAUGCUAGCUAGGCUCUACAUCAGUGUACACUGGCAGGUCCCCAUCUCCGUUAAAGACUUACUCACUGACAUUUCUUUUCUUCCAUCCUCCUUUGCUUCAUUUCUCUUUCCUUCCCUGAUCCUCGACUCUCACUAAACAAUGGAAAGGGAUUACCCCCCCAAUAAAGCUGCCAGAGACCUGACUCAA